AUGACUAAGAAAGUGGCAAUCAUCAUUUACUCAUUAUACCAUCACGUGUCCACCCUUGCGGAAUCGGUCAAAGUAGGACUUGAAGCAGGAGGUGUCGGAGCCAAGAUUUUCCAAGUUCCAGAAACACUACCAGAGAGCGUUUUGGAGAAGAUGCAUGCUCCUCCAAAGAAGUCUUACGAAGAGGCUACAGUGUCCACGUUGCAGGAAUACGACGCAUUUAUGUUUGGUAUUCCAACUAGAUACGGUAACUUCCCUGCGCAAUUCAAGAGUUUCAUUGACCAGACCGGAGGCUUAUGGGCUUCUGGUGCACUUUACCACAAACCAUUUGGCGUUUUCGUUUCCACAGGCACCGGCGGUGGAAAUGAGAUGACCGUUGUCAACUCUUUGUCUACAUGGGUCCACCACGGUAUGAUCUAUGUGCCAUUGGGCUACGCUAAGGUGUUCUCAUUGAUGACAGACCUGAGCCAGGUUCGUGGCGGUUCUCCUUGGGGAGCAGGCACUAUUGCUGGUGCCGAUGGCUCAAGACAGGUGACACCACUUGAGCUUGAAAUUGCCAAAGCACAAGGUACAGAGUUUGCCAAGGUUGCGCUCAAGUUCUAG